CUAAUUCUUAUAUCAUCUCUUUAUAAAAGGGUACAUAUUCUUCAUCUGUCUCUUCCCCCUCUCAAACCCUAACCCUAAUAACCGCUGCUGCCUCCAACUUCGUAGGCAUUGUAGUCUCUCGAUCUCACCCAAGAAGAUAAUGCCUAAAAUAUCUUCUUUAAUUUUUAAAAAAUUGAUCAGUCACCUAAAGGUGAAGUGUUCAGUAAAAUCUGAAGCACAGUUUUUUUUGGCCCUCCCACUUCCCAGAAGAAUUGCUGAACUUGAUCUUGGAACAUCUCACGGACUUGUCUGAUCUCAUUCGAUGUCGCGGUGUCUACCAUUCAUGACGAUCUGCUGCAGCUCGGAAGCUUUGUGGUGUGGAUUUUAAGGUAAAACAUGUUACUAUUGGGGGGUAAAAGUUGAAGCUUGCAAUUUGGGAUACAAUUAACUGGACAGGAAAGAUUCAGGACAUUAACUAGUUCAUAUUACAGAUGAGCUCUAGGAAUAAUAAUGUUUAUGAUGUAACACGACGAGAAACAUUUACGAAUCUAUCUGAUGUAUGGGCUAAAGAAAUUGACUUGUACUCAACAAAUCAGGAUUGCAUCAGGAUGCUUGUUGGCAACAAAGUUGAUAAGGAGAGUGAAAGGGUCGUCACCAAAAGAGAGGGUGUUGACUUUGCUAGGGAAUGUGGAUGCCUUUUCAUUGAAUGUAGUGCAAAAACUCGGGCCAAUGUGGAGCAAUGCUUUGAGGAACUUGUUCUGAAGAUUUUAGAAACUCCGAGUCUUUUGGCUGAGGGCUCAACUGGUGUCAAAAGGAACAUCUUUAAACAAAAACCUCCAGAGGCUGAUGCAUCAGCUAGCGGGAGUUGCUGAAGGUGACGGAGACUAUCCCUACUUGUCAGCAACUCUCGCUUGUCCAUGCAGCGUUCUGAUAUGCCUUGGCCAAUGAUAAAAUCAAUUUAAAAUAUGCAAUUAAGAUUCAAGUUUGGGAAUCUGGAUGAAUUGGCACAAACAGUAGGGCCAUUGUUUUUCACGAAGUGCAGAAAGGACUAUAUCCAAAGAAAAGAAUCAAUAGAAGUCGAAACAUCUCUCUUACAAGUAAAAGAGGAAUAUUGGGGUGUGUGUAAUUUUUCCAUUUUUCAUUAUUUUUCAUUUUUUUAUGAAAAUUUUUGUUGUUGCAAGGGCAUUUUCGUCUUUUCAAAAUUUUCAUAUUGGACACUACGGAGUGUGCCGGACCUGCCAGUUAUGUCCGAGAGUUGUUUGGAGUAUUUCAUUGAGUUCAGAACUCUUUGAAAUGCAAAGGUGAUCAUUUUUGCAUUUUUCAGUUUUUGGGGUCGGACGGUCCCUUGUGGGACCCGUUGCCGGAAUUGUUGCAUACGGGGAUUUUAUUUGGGUCCAUUAGCAUCACAUACAUUUUAUUUAAUGUGUUAUAUAAGGUUGUGGAAUUGUUAAAUGUGUAUACAUAUAUGUGGUGUAAAAUGAAAACAAAAGAAAAAGAAAAAAUAAAAGAAAAUUGGUGGGGCCCACAGCCCCUUUUUAAGUGGUCAUGAGACCACAACUUGGUCUCCAUUUUUUUUUCUUCUUUUCUUCCCCUCCCGCUGUUCUCUCUCUGUCCCCUCAUUCUAGACUUUUCUUUUUUCUUUUGGCUUCCAAUCUUCAAUUCUUGAUUACUCCUUCAAUACUUGGUAUUUUUGAGUGCCGUUUACGACAAAUUGAAGCUCACGGCGAGAUCUACAAGCUGAUCGGAACAAUUUCUUGUUUGGUGCACUUGGGAAUUUCGAGACCUAGGGCAUUUAAUUUGGGGGUUUUUGCUUGGAUUGAGGACAUGGGAAAGAAGUGGCAGAUGACGUUCCACCACAUGCCUAAUUUGGAUUAGAAGAUCAUUUUGCUAUUUUUGUAUCUAAGUUUCACUAUCUUUGUAAAACUUAGUAUAUUGUAUUCUGUACGGAGACUUAUGGACUCUUGUUAUUGUAAUUAUAUUCAUGGACUGUAAGUAGAUGUAAUUGGAGUAAAAUUCUAGUAUGUGAGCAUGGGACUACGUAUAAGACAAGUGCUCCUUUAUUCUGGAUGAAUGAGAUGAUAAUGAUGAUGGGUUAUUUUGAGGA